GAUAAGUCCGGAGUGCGUGGGUGCGGGCUUGUCCACUCAAUUAUAUAUCCCACACAAAGCCUUUGCGUUCCGGAGCAUGCUCUGCUAAGUAUCCAUCGCCAUGCCUACUGAUAUUCGGAGCUUUUUUGGUGGGAAGUCUAGUCAAGGCUCCAACGCAUCUCCCGCGAAACCCGUCGCAAAGAAGGAGGAGCCUGCCACGAGGAAGAAGCGGACCAGAAAGGUGGUGGAUGAUAGUGACGAUGAGGAAGUUGUCGCGACCAAGGCCGCAAGCCCAAAAGUAAAGGUCCCGAGCAAGCCAAAGCCAGAGGCAUCGAAAGGUGAACCGACGUCUACUUCGGACUACUUUGCUUCCAGCAAGAAGAGGGGCAGACCUCCCAAAGAACCCAAGCAACCCCAGCCCGCUCCCGCCGACGAUACUGAUGCGAAGCCUUCUCCAAAACCGAAAAAGCCUACAGUCACCGAGCAACCCGUGAGAAGACCCCAACGUGCGUCCACCAGAAAGGCCACAGCUAUUGUCGAAGACGAAAAACUUGGCGACGAUGACAUCUUUGCGACAGAGUACAAGAAGCCGGGCAAAGGUGAUGAUGAUUAUGUUGAAGAAGAGGACAAGGACGGUGAUAGCGACUUCGAGGAACUUGCGGUAAAGCCAGCCAGUGCCGCCUCCGGGGGACCGGGGCGUAAGAAACAGGCACCUGUUGCCGAUUCCGAUGACGACGUGGUCAUGGAAGAUUUGCCUAAACGACCUUCCAGAGCCACCAAGUCCGCCACCUCUCAACCAGCGCGGAAGCGGAAAUCCGAAGUUCUCGAAAAGGAUGAGGAUCAGGAAUCAAAGAGCAGUCCCAAGAAGGGCACGCAGGCAAAGGCUGCUCCUCGUACCCCCAAGAAACCAAGGGCAUCUGCCAAAGUCGAUCGAACCGAAAGCAAGGAGAUACAGGACAUAUUCGACAGCAUUCCAACAAUCAGGCCGCCCUCGCCUCCGCCAGACACUGGUGAAAAGAAAAAGUUCAAUUUCGCUGCUCAAGCACAGCGCUCGACCGGCCCUGCAACUGGAAGCGCUGAAAUGCCAGUGGGAGCAGAGAAUUGUCUUGCAGGACUUUCUUUCGUCUUUACUGGCGUCCUGGACACGCUCGGCCGUGACGAGGGGCAAAUAUUGGUGAAGAAAUAUGGAGGCAAAGUUAUCGGAGCCCCUAGUUCAAAGACUAGCUAUGUAGUUCUGGGAGCAGACGCUGGGCCUAGAAAACUUGCAACGAUCAAGCAGCAUAAGCUGAAGACGAUUAAUGAAGAGGGCCUAUUCGAGCUCAUCCGGCGACUUCCAGCCAAUGGCGGAGAUGGAAAGGCAGCAGAGCAACAUGAAGCGAAGAAAAAAGUGGAGGAGGAAAAGAUUCGAGCCAUGGCAGCUGAGAUUGACCGCGAGGAGAAACGCAAGGCGGCAGCCACACGUAACAAUAUCACUUCGGGGUCUCAACCACCGUCAGGUUCUCAACCGCCUAGUUCUCAAAGCGCGAAGGUUGAUGAUCGUUUAUGGACCACCAAAUAUGCGCCGACCUCGCUUAAUAUGAUUUGCGGCAACAAAGGUAUUGUCGAGAAGCUACAGAACUGGCUCCGCGACUGGCACAAAAAUGCUAAAGCGAACUUUAACAAGCCAGGAAAAGAUGGGUCAGGAAUCUAUCGGUCUGUCAUGAUCCACGGGCCUCCUGGGAUCGGCAAGACCACUGCAGCGCACUUGGUGGCAAAGCUAGAAGGGUACGAUGUCGUUGAGACAAAUGCAAGUGACACCAGAAGCAAGAAGCUCGUGGAAAACGGCCUUCUUGGUGUUCUGGACACAACGUCCCUUCAAGGUUAUUUCUCGGGCGUCGGCAAGAAGGUUGAGAGCGAGAAGAAAAAUCUGAUUCUCAUCAUGGACGAAGUUGACGGAAUGUCUGCUGGUGAUAGAGGUGGCGUAGGCGCUUUAGCAGCAAUCGCCAAAAAGACUCAUAUCCCGCUGAUCCUGAUAUGUAACGAGCGGAGGCUUCCGAAAAUGAAGCCAUUCGAUCAUGUCUCAUUUGAACUUCCGUUCAGACGACCGACAGCCGAGCAGAUCAGGGCCAGACUUUCGACAAUCUGCUUCCGCGAGGGCUUGAAGAUCCCACCCCAGGUUCUGGACAGCCUAAUCGAAGGCACGAAUGCUGAUAUUCGACAAGUGAUCAAUAUGCUCUCGACUGUGAAAUUGGACCAGACGAACCUGAACUUCGAAAAGGGACGGGAAAUGUCCAAAGCAUGGGAGAAGCACAUCAUCCUAAAGCCGUGGGAUAUCGUUGGCAAGAUCCUCAGUGCACAAAUGUUUUCGCCGAGCUCAAAGUCUACUCUGAAUGAAAAGAUCGAGCUCUACUUCAAUGAUCACGAGUUCAGUCCUUUGAUGCUCCAGGAGAACUAUCUGAAAACGAAACCGGUUCUAGCUGGCGGGUAUCAGGGCCGAGAACAAAAGCUGAAGCAGCUCGAACUUGCUGACAAUGCGGCUUCGAGCAUUAGCGAUGGUGAUCUUGUUGACAGAAUGAUCCAUGGAUCCCAGCAGCAAUGGAGUCUGAUGCCUACUCAUGCCGUCUUCAGUUUUGUCCGGCCGGCGAGCUUUGCGUACGGCAACAUGAUGGAACGGCCCGGAUUCACUAGUUGGCUGGGGCAGAACAGUAAACAAGGCAAGCUUUGGCGUUAUACCAAAGAAAUCCAGGGCCACAUGCGUCUUCGUGCGUCUGGAGACCGGGAUGAAAUCCGACAACAGUAUAUGCCGCUCCUCUGGGACCGGGUAGUCCGCCGGUUAAUGGUCGAGGGCAAGGAUAGCGUCGACGAUGUUAUUGAUUUUAUGGACAGUUAUUUCCUUACGCGAGAGGACUGGGACGCUCUAGUGGAGCUUGGGCUGGGUCCUAUGGAUGAAUCCAAUGUCAAGCUGCAAACACAGACCAAAGCAGCCUUCACGCGGAUCUACAAUCAGCGCUCUCACCCCCUUCCCUUCAUCAAGGCUAGCAGUGUCGCUGUUCCGAAGAAAAUGCCGAAGGAGAAGCCCGACCUUGAAGAUGCCAUUGAGGAAUCGGAUGAGGAAGAGGUCCUCGAAGACGAGUCGAAGAACAAUGAUGAGAGCGAAGAAGAGCUUGAUUUGAAGAAGGAUAAGUAUGUUCGCGUGCCCAAGAAACCUGCCGCGAAGGGCGGCGCUGGCAAAGGGAAGAAGACGAAGAUAGCAGCAGCCAACGAUGAUUUUAUUGACGACGAAGAGGAGAAACCGAAGAAGGGCCGAGGGCGAAAGCCCAAGGCGAAGUGAUUCCCCAACGCGAGAGGGACAGGGUUCAGUACUUCUAAUCAUGUCCAUGUAUUAUAUGAUGAGCGGACUAGUGAUGUUACCAUUUCCAAUGGAGGAUGAUAUUUUCCUGUGCCGCGAUUUAUCCUGAGCUGCACCAGUGAUCAGUUGGCUAGAGGAUUGGGAGGACUGCUGGG